CUCCCCUUCCUACCUGGAAGCUGGAAGCAGGGGAAGCUCAGUGCUGAGACUUGCCAGAGCUGGGUACAAAGACCGCAGUAAAACCUGUUGUGCUGCAGACGUUCAGUGAGCAACUGCACCAGAGGAAACCCUUAACUGAUUUAAGCCUAGCUCACAAGAAAUGGUGCAGACUCAUCUCUUCUCCCUGCCAGCCUGCUGUGGUACCAGGCCUCUGGGAUGCUAUCUCUCCACACAGGAUUUAGAUAAUGUAGCUCCUGGGAAUCCUUCUUCUGAAGCAGAAGCACUAUACCAGUACUGGACAAUUAAAGAAUGAAAAGGACAAUCAAACCCCAAAGGAGCUCAGCAUCUUAAUAUGAAGACAGUGAUUUACCAUAUUUCUCUGCCUAAUCCUCUCGAAAACUCUGUAUUAUAAUGGUUACCUGGUAGCAAAAUGAUGGCUAGGGUUCUCUAAGGUUUUUUACUCUCUGUUUGCUGGUAGUAGUAAAUAGAGAUGAGAGCUGAGAAGGAAGAGCCACCAGCAUAGGUGCUAAAUUGCUGCUAAUAGGGAAUGCAAAAAGAUUCUAUUUACAUUGUUAGCAGUCUGGUAGGUUCAUGGAAAAUUAAUUCAGAGCUUUCUGUUGGGAAUGAUAAUCCUGGUGCUGCUCGCACUUAGGAGAUGGGAAGCCUUGAUAUUUCCUUUUCGUUGCUGCAAGAGAGAAGAGCUGUACUUUAUGCAUCUCCUCUGACGAUGCCACAGAGUGGUACUUUCUGUGUCAGGAAGGAUGACAGUACAACAGUUUGGUGCUGUGGAGUAUAUUUAGAAGGUUAUAAAAUGCAUUUAGCCACGGAAACAGAACUACAGCUAUGACUACUGAUAAAGCCUAAAGCUGUCUCAUGCACAGCAAUCUAAGCCUAUAAAUAUACAGAGAAAUUUAUCCCACCUAUUCCUGUCUGCUUCAGUCACAAUUGAAGGGAUUUUAAGAGUUUUCUCUCCAUCAGACUGAUCUUGAAUUUCAGUUGUUGCUGGGACCUGAAGCAUCCACUGUGCUUGUUGGACAAAGCAGGUUAUUCCAUACUUCACCAUCUGCUGUCAUCUUAAUGCUUGACACAACCGUCCUUCCCUGUCCCCUUCCCAUGGUUAACCUCACCUCUCUUAUUUUAUCAUGCUCAGUCUUCUACUCUCCUUCCUCAUUAUCCUUGCUUCUCUCUCUGGCACCACUUCAGCCUCACAUGCUCCCUCAGGCCUUGAAGCAUACUUGCCUCAGCCCUUCUGUUCUUUUUCUCAGUGGUUCACCUAGCAGUCCUUCUUCCACUGCUGUUCAUCUUACGCUGAUAUUUCUAAUUUCAUGGUUACUUCUGCUUGUGCUGUGUCUGGAACUACCACUCUUCUUCUGAAAACUUCUGCAGCCUUUUUAUAUCUUUCUGGCCCAGGCCAUCAGAAUGAAUACACAGACAGAGGAUUUUCUUGGUGAAAUCAGAAUUGUAUAGUACAGACAAGGGCAAUAAUGAAGAAAAAAAUUAAAAUGUAUAAUGUGUACAUAGCCACAGUAGCCUUAGCAUGGCAGCUUAAGAGCAAGAGUAGGCAGUGGAUAUGCAUAUAUCUGACCAGUGCAAGUCAUGACAUGGAUGUGCCACAACUGAUGCCAUGGCAUUCUUCUCUCUUUUACAUUUACUUCUUUACUUUUCUCUCUCUGGGCUACACCUACUCCAUGCACUUGGAUGGGAAGCUCUGGGCCCAUAGGAAAUACCAUGAAGUGCAGAAUACAAGAUGCAUGUCCCCAUGGUAACACAGAGUGCUAUGUACACAUCUCUGUGCGGUCUGUUCUCUGCUCCACCCUCCAUAAAUUAUCAUUAAAAGCAAGGUCUCAGUUUUUGCCCUCCAAGUGCACUGUUGCUAGUUCUUGGAUGUCUAAAUAAAUGACUAAAACUCUGAGAUAAAGACCAACAUAAACAUCUUCCCACCACAGAGGAAGUAGAACAGCAAGCCUCCCUGUGCGGAAGACAAAAUUUUCUACCUUUGUUUGGGGCUGAGAAACAAAUAGUCAUGAUAUGGGAGCGCUACAGAAGAGCUCUCUGCCUUCUGCUCUAGCUGCAAUAUAUAUUACUUCAGCUUUCUUUUCCUUAACCUAAACACAGCUGCGGACAUACUAGCCUGAAGCUACGCUAAAUCAAAACAGAUUGAGAGUAAGAAUAAACUACACUUGACAUGUGUUAGUCAUAGUACUUAAUACAUGGAUAGAAGAUACUCAGAUGCAUCAGUGAUUAGGAUGUGGUAAGAAUCUACACACAGAGAAACGGUUUGUAUGUAAAUAUCCUUGAUGCUGUGUAUGUGUGUGUGUAUGUACAUGCACAUAUAUACACACACAUAAAUAUAUACGAAUAUGCAUAGAUGUUUGUACUAUUUUGGAUUAAAUAAACAAUUGUAAAGUAACCCAAGUAAAGAAGGAAUUUAGCACAAAUACAGUGCAAUAAUCACAUUACAAAUCUUAUAAAGUAAAAUUCUGAUUCACGAAAUGCAUUUGAUUCAGAAAAAAAUUCCUGCUGUCUUGCUAUCUAGUCCAUGCUUGCUUGCAGUACUUAAAAUAUCAGGAUGUCAAGAAACAAUUAAUGAAGAAGAGCCUUGCCCAGUAGUGCAUGCUUAGGUAAGGAGGUUAUGUGGGCCAUGGAAGUAUGGACAACAAAAAUAAAUUCUCGGUUGCUUUGCGUUGGCAGGUAACUGGUGGUCUGCACAGAACUGUACCAUGAAGUGUCAGAGUAACUUCUGUUCCUCUGCAGAAUCCUGGUGCCUCAGAAAAGCUGGAAUUUCUGUAUUUCUGGAAUUCAGCCACAAAUCCAGGCCAUGGACCAGCAUGUUGUGGUCCCUGGUGAAGCUGCGGAGAACUAAGGAAGGACAAGUAAUAACAGUGUUGACAGAAUAUGUUUGCUAAAGCUGAGAGUUAACACUGUUUGUGUUCUGAUGGUGGCUGAAUCCAUUAUUUAUUAUUGGCCACAAACGGAAACUUGAAGAAGAUGAUAUGUACAAAGUGCUGCCAGAAGAUUCCUCAAAGAAGCUUGGGGAGGACUUACAGUGGUACUGGGAUAAAGAGGUGCAAAAAGCAAAAAAGAGAGGAAAAACACCCCAUUUAACAAAAGCAAUUAUUCUGUGUUACUGGAAAUCCUAUUUAGUUCUUGGAAUUUUCACAAUGAUUGAGGAAACCCUCAAAAUAGUUCAGCCAAUAUUUUUGGGAAAAAUUAUUACUUAUUUUGAAAACUAUGAUGCCUCAGAUGAGGUGGCUUUGAAUGUUGCAUAUUGCUAUGCAGCUGCUCUAUCUGUGUGCACACUUAUUCUAGCUAUAAUGCACCACUUAUACUUCUAUCAUGUACAGCGGGCUGGCAUGAAGCUAAGAGUGGCUAUGUGUCAUAUGAUUUAUCGGAAGGCACUUCGUCUCAGUAAUGUAGCUAUGGCAAAAACUACCACUGGACAAAUAGUGAAUCUUCUCUCAAAUGAUGUGAACAAAUUUGAUCAGGUAACAAUUUUCUUGCACUUCCUCUGGGCCGGACCAAUUCAAGCUGUAGCAGUAACAGUACUUCUCUGGAUGGAAAUAGGCCCAUCAUGUCUUGCAGGAAUGGCAGUACUGAUUAUUCUUCUGCCUAUACAAACCUGCAUUGGGAGGCUUUUUUCUUCUUUAAGGAGCAAGACAGCUGCCCUUACAGAUGUCAGGAUUAGGACCAUGAAUGAAGUCAUAAGUGGUAUGAAGAUAAUAAAGAUGUAUGCUUGGGAAAAAUCAUUUGCGGAACUUGUGAGUGGUUUGAGAAGGAAGGAGAUUGCCAUGGUUUUGAAAAGCUCCUACCUUCGAGGAUUGAACUUAGCCUCUUUCUUUGUGGCAAGCAAAAUAACAGUGUUCAUGACUUUCAUGGCAUAUGUACUACUUGGCAAUGUUAUCUCUGCAAGUCGGGUGUUUGUUGCAGUGUCCCUGUAUGGCGCAGUCAGACUGACAGUAACUCUGUUCUUCCCUUCGGCUGUUGAGAGAGUAUCCGAGGCAGUGGUUAGCAUACGACGAAUCAAGAACUUCCUGAUACUUGAUGAGGUCUCACACUUCAAACCACAACUGCAUGAUAAUAAUGAGAACGUCAUUCUUCAUGUUCAGGAUUUGACUUGCUACUGGGAUAAGAGUUUAGAAAGCCCAGCACUCCAGCAGCUUUCAUUUACCGUCAGACAAGGGGAAUUACUGGCUGUGAUCGGUCCUGUGGGAGCUGGAAAAUCUUCACUCCUAAGUGCUGUGCUUGGUGAGCUGCCUAAAGAGAAAGGUUUGAUAAAUGUUUCUGGAAGAAUUGCCUAUGUUUCUCAGCAGCCUUGGGUGUUUUCUGGUACUGUAAGAAGUAACAUACUGUUUGACAAGGAGUAUGAGAGAGAAAAAUACGAGAAAGUUUUAAAAGUCUGUGCUCUUAAAAAGGACUUGGACUUACUAGCAAAUGGUGACCUAACAGUUAUAGGAGAUCGUGGAGCUACACUGAGUGGGGGACAGAAGGCCCGUGUGAAUCUGGCCAGAGCUGUAUAUCAAGAUGCAGAUAUCUAUCUUUUGGACGAUCCACUGAGUGCGGUAGAUUCUGAAGUUGGAAGACAUUUGUUUGAAAAGUGUAUUUGUCAGGCUUUACAUCAGAAGAUCUGUGUUUUGGUGACUCACCAGUUGCAAUAUCUCCGCGCUGCAACUCAGAUUCUAAUAUUAAAAGAUGGCAAAAUGGUAGGAAAAGGGACCUAUUCAGAGUUCCUGAGGUCUGGCAUCGACUUUGCUUCCCUUCUGAAAAAAGAGGAGGAGGCAGAACAGCCGUCAGUUCCAGGCACCCCCAACCUGAAGUCCUCCCGGAGCCGUACCUUUUCGGAGUCGUCUGUCUGGUCCCAGGAUUCUUCUGUCCACUCAGUGAAAGAUGGAGCAGCAGAGCAACCACCUGCUGAAAAUCCACUGGCUGCCGUGCCAGAGGAGAGUCGUUCUGAGGGAAAAAUAAACUUUAAGGUUUACAGAAAAUAUUUCACUGCAGGAGCGAACUACUUUGUGAUUUUUAUACUUGUAUUAUUUAAUAUUUUGGCACAGGUGGCAUAUGUGCUCCAGGAUUGGUGGCUUUCUUACUGGGCAAAUCAUCAAGAAAAGCUGAAUGUUACAACAAAUGGAAAUAAUGGAGCAAAUGAGACUGAACAUCUAGACCUUACCUUUUAUUUGGGAAUUUACGCAGGUUUAACGGUGGCUACGAUACUGUUUGGCAUAAUAAGAAGUCUUCUGGUCUUUCAAGUUCUUGUUAAUUCUGGUCAGACCUUACACAACAAAAUGUUUAAAUCCAUUUUGAAAGCUCCUGUCCUGUUUUUUGACAGAAAUCCUAUAGGAAGAAUCUUAAAUCGUUUCUCAAAAGAUAUUGGCCAUCUGGAUGACUUGCUUCCAUUGACAUUUCUGGAUUUCGUGCAGACUCUUCUACAGAUUUUUGGUGUGGUGGCUGUGGCUGUGGCAGUGAUUCCUUGGAUACUCAUUCCCUUAAUCCCACUAUUUAUUCUUUUCAUUUUUCUUCGACGAUAUUUCUUAGACACUUCAAGAGAUAUUAAACGUCUAGAAUCCACAACUCGGAGUCCAGUGUUCUCCCACUUGUCAUCCUCCCUCCAGGGACUUUGGACUAUUCGGGCUUUAAAAGCAGAAGACAGGUUUCAAAAAUUAUUUGAUGCACAUCAAGACCUCCACUCAGAGGCCUGGUUUCUAUUUUUGACGACCUCAAGGUGGUUUGCUGUGCGUCUGGAUGCCAUCUGCGCCAUUUUUGUUAUAGUGGUUGCUUUUGGUUCCCUGCUCCUUGCCAAGACUUUGAAUGCGGGGCAAGUUGGUUUGGCACUGUCCUAUGCAAUCACUCUCAUGGGAACAUUCCAGUGGGGUGUUAGACAAAGUGCUGAAGUUGAAAACCUGAUGAUAUCAGUAGAAAGAGUAAUGGAAUACACAGAUCUUGAAAAAGAAGCCCCCUGGGAGACUAACAAGCAUCCACCACCUGAAUGGCCAAGCCAUGGAAUGAUAGCAUUUGAAAAUGUUAACUUCACUUACAGUCUAGAUGGACCUUUGGUGUUAAGACAUUUGUCUGUUGUUAUUAAACCAGAAGAAAAGCAGUCAUUACUGCAUACAUCUGAGUCUCAGGCAGUGGGUAAUUGCCCUCUGGUGUCUGUUGGAAUUGUGGGAAGAACAGGAGCUGGGAAGAGCUCUUUGAUAGCAGCCCUCUUUCGGUUGGCUGAACCUGAAGGAAGGAUCUGGAUUGAUAAGUACUUGACAUCAGAGCUAGGCCUCCAUGACUUAAGGAAGAAAAUUUCAAUUAUACCUCAGGAGCCUGUAUUGUUCACCGGGACGAUGAGGAAAAACUUAGAUCCUUUCAAUGAAUACACUGACGAAGAACUGUGGAAUGCCUUGGAAGAGGUGCAACUGAAAGAGGCUGUGGAAGAUCUACCUAAUAAAAUGGAGACACAGCUGGCAGAAUCUGGGUCUAAUUUUAGUGUUGGUCAGAGACAGCUGGUGUGUCUUGCCAGAGCGGUUCUAAAAAAAAAUCGGAUCCUUAUCAUUGAUGAAGCAACAGCAAAUGUGGACCCAAGAACAGAUGAGUUCAUUCAAAAGACAAUCCGUGAAAAGUUUGCUCAUUGCACAGUUCUGACCAUUGCACACCGCUUGAACACCAUUAUCGACAGUGACAGAAUUAUGGUUUUAGAUGCAGGAAGACUAAAAGAAUAUGGUGAGCCUUACAUUUUGCUGCAAGAAAAGGAUGGCUUGUUUUACAAAAUGGUGCAACAAGUGGGCAAGACAGAAGCAGCUUCUCUGAUGGAAACAGCAAAACGGGUUUACUUCAGGAAGAAUUACCCAGAAGUUGUUCAGAAUGGUCAGCUCGCCACAGACUCCUCACUGGAUCCUUCUUCAGGAUUAUGCAUAACUGAAACUGCACUGUGAUUCCUCAUAACCACAGCUGUUUUCCACAGAAUGUAAACCUGAGAGAGCAUCCAAACAAUCAAUGUUCACGAGUGUCAACAGGCGAGGAAAGGGAGGGGGCGAUUCUUUGCACUGGACAUCCUUUCUAUUUAAUACUGAGAAGAAAAGUUUUACUGUCCCUGUUUCUUUAAUUUCAGUGCAAUAUUUUUUUUUUUUUCCUUUCCAACUAAUUAUUUUUGUAUUGCUAAGGAAAUUAGGCAGACUCAGUUCUUAUUUGAAAGUUAUGUGGUAAAGAUCUCUGUUAUUUAAACAGGUGCAGGACACCUAACAUGUCUAGGGUGCAUCUUUGGAACUUACUGAAGAAAGAUUGGAGCGUGUCCCUUUUCUCAGUUGGAGAUACUUUGAGAGCAAACAAAACCAAAUUUGUUUUAGUGUCACCGUACCUCCACAGCUGUGUCUAAACAGCAGAUGUGGUUGUGUGCAGCUUAGCUUCUAACACAGGUGUCUCUCUACCUGUCACAGGUAGCUAUGCAGGUGGUAGGAAAAAAAAAGAAUUAGAAGCCAAAAACACUUUCUUUUUUUGAUAGCAAAAAGAACUAUAAACUUUGGGGUUUUUUUAUAAUUCAAGUAGUGCUGUUCAAGAUGAAUGUAAAUGUAACUUUUAUUUUGCUGAAAUCCAGAUGCUGAAAAUUCAAUCUCAGUCUUCUGUACUUUAGAAGAAAACGACUACGUUUGCACUGAAGAAAUAUUUAAAUAAUUUAACAUACAUUCCUCUUUUUAUCCAGGUUAUCAGAGAAAAAAAAAAAAGUAUUAAAAUAACUUGAGGAAAUCUUUGAAUGACAUGUCAUUAUACCUAAAUAGCAUGUAGUACAAAGUUAUCUUCAGCACACCACAUUGAAAUGUAUACGUUAUUUGCAUUUAUUGUGCCUUAAUAUUUGUGCCUUCAAGCCAAAGCUGUAACUGCAGGGUACACAACAAAUUCAUUAAAUAUAUGUUAAAAAUAUUUAGCCUUAACAUAUUUAAAGUUUUGCAUCAAGGAUUCUGUUGAACCUGUGCUGUUUGAAGUUACCAUACUGCUGGAAUAGGUAGGGAAGUACAACCCGAAGGUUUGAAUGGCUGUUGCUGGUACUGAGGAGAUUGCAGUGAGAGAGAUUCUGUAUUUGUACGCCAUGUCCUGAUUCAGCAAAGCACUUCAGUGCAAAGGCACUAUUCCUGUGGUUUAAAAAGUCAGGCAAGUGCUCUUCUGCUUCAGAGCCUUUUUGUGAUCAGAGAUACCUACCCUUUGAGGUCCAGUACAGAAUGAAUCUAUUCAAAUUAUUGUCUGAAGGGCACAGAAGGCACUAAGAAACAACAGGUCUCUUCAGGAUAUAGAGAACACUGUGCUUUUUAGAAAAGAGAAAAAAAAAGAUGCUUGCUAUUACCUUGGUAAGCUAAAUAUUGCUUACCCAGUGUUCCCCCAGUAGUCGAAAAGUAAGGCCAACACAAACGUUUCUCAUUUCAAGCCAUUUUACCAGCAAGUAAGCUGCUGAAAUACAAGACUGUUGCUUCUCCUUGUUGAGAAGCACACUGAGGCCGAAGCCUGUGCCUGAGGACAGGGGCUCAUCCAGGUGGGCUUUGUCCUGUGCAGAAGUUGGUAGUGAGGGGCAGAACCUUCAUUCCCUGCUGCCCGCACCCCCACCAACUGGCUUCACUGGUGGAUGGGAGGAAAAGACACGCGCUGGGUGUUUGAUUUGCUGGCAGCAUCCUCCUGUACUGUUAGCAGGAAGGUACACAACGAAGUGCUCUUGCCCUCAGCUUUCUUUUGGCAGCCUCUAACACUUCUGUGGGGUGUAGCUCGCUAUAGCAAGUGUCUCUGAGAUAAGUGGAACUGAACUUCACAUGAGUCUUGUCCUUUGUCUGGUGCUAAAUACAAGGCAGUCAGGGAUGACUACAUGUCCCCAAAGCAAAGUGGCGCAGAUUGGCUCAUGUAAGCAGCAAGCUCAUAGCUAAUCUUUCUCAGAGCACACCAGCCGCAGCCUCUUUUCUGGAUCACUUUGCCCCCUAUGUACCUAGCAAACAAUUAGUGUCUAAUGUGUUUUGUUCUGUUUCUUUUCUAUUCAAGUGGUCUCAAAUAAAGAUAGGGCUAUUCUGCAGCUCAGCAGAGUGUAUUGCAGAGGUAUGUGAAGAUGUAGUGAAGUGUUUGAGGAUGUAAAGUCACAUGGGAUAAUGCUGGAGUUUGUGUAGGAUGGAGAAAGCUCAGCCUUGCAUGGUCUUUUUUGUCUGUAACUGCCUUUUGGAAGGGGUCCAUGGCGUAAACCUUGUCCAAGCUCUGCUCAGCCUUUAUCAUAGAGAGAUCCAGCUGGAGUGCUCCACAACAGGGCCAGAGUGAGCUGACUGUGACAGUGCAGACAGCUAGAAGGGACUGGAGCUUGAGCUCAUGCAUUUCCCUUUUUUUAUUCAGUAGUUUGGACAGAUGCACAGGGUCUACCCAUGCUUUACAAUAUGGAAUUAUUUUGAUUUCUGAAUAGUCCAUACAAGAAAAUAAGUGUGAUGUAUAAUUCACUGAGACUUCUAAAUGCUCUAAGAGAACAGUGCGUUUGUAUGGCCAUGUAUUUUGUUUAUAGUUUUUUUAAAUCAAAAUCAGGGAGAUACGUAUAUGUAAACCGAGGGUAUAAUUACAGUUUUAAUUCACUUCGGCUCUGAAAUGAAUCUGUGGUAAGUUGUAUUUCAGAGCAGAACUCCAAGACGCUGCCUGCAGCACACUCACUGGUAUGAGACCCUGACAGAUCCAGCUAUCGGUCUAUAAGGCAGAGUUAUUUCGAUCCUGCAGCUUUUUGAACGCGCACAAAAAAAUGUGAGGUAUCUGAAAAUGCUGAUCCUGCUUCUUCACGUGUUUUGACAGGACAUGGCUAGCUGUAGGUAUCAAAAGUCAAACAUUUAAAGAAUCACACUUGAAAACCAUACACUGCUGAACAGAACAGCAGAUCGUGAGCCAUUUGUGCCUGUCGUUGACAUGAUAUCCACCUUUUUAGUUUAAAGUAUCAAAUAUAUUUUAGUCAGGAAGUUGUUUCUUUAGAUUCUUUUGUUGCUUCUUGUUGUUGAGAGUUGUUGUGAGUAGCUUAGAUGACUGUUGGCUAAGAUGGACACACCUAUUUAAUUUUAGGUGGGUGACAAAGCGCACCGUGCCUGAAACUCGAGGAUGAGAGAGGCCUUCUUCCUUUGUUGAACGUCGUGGUCUGUUGUAUGUACCAAUCAUCUCUCCAGUGAGGUAUUUUGUGUUUCCUUCUAAAGAAAAGUUUGAAUAGUUCUAAAUUUCCACUUGGAAAAUGUUUGUGCUUUGUUUGGAGGUAGUAAAGCUGCUUAUUUCAAGCUACAUUCCUUCAUGGGGAUCUUGGAAACAGAACUCAGUCUUCAACAUUGUUAAAGCCUUUAAAAUGCUUCUUCACCAUAAGGUGCCUUAAGGUAUUCCAGAGUCUAAUAAACAAUUUUGUGCAGGAAUACUGCACAUUAUCAGUUGUGGGACUGUUGUUUGAUUGGUUCAAAUGUCUGGGAACAGCCUCUACUUAAGACUGAAAGAACUGUUCCUCAAACAUUCAUUUUGGUAUCUCUUGUGAUCUCUUGUGAUGAUCUCUUGUGUUGAUUCUUGUGUGACUAGUGAUAGGACUAGAGGGAAUGGCUUCAAGCUGCGCCAGGGAAGAUUCAGGCUGGAUGUUAGGAAAUACUACUUCUCUGAAAGGGUGGUCAGGCACUGGAAUGGGCUGUCCAGAGAGGUGGUGGAGUCACCGAGCCUGGUGGUGUUCAAAGACCAUUUGGAUGUUGUGUUGAGGGACAUGGUUUAGCGAGAACCAUUGGUGAAGGGCGAGUGUGGUUGGACUGGAUGAUCCUGUGGGUCUUUUCCAACCUUAGCGAUUCUAUGAUUCUUUGCUUUACCCGUCCUUGAAAGACCACUGGGAGAGUCAGAACCAACAUGGUUCUCAAUAAUAGGUUAUUUCUGAUUUUGUUUAGGUUAAGGGCAAAAUUCUGCUCCAUGAGUUGAACCACAGUUCACCUGCCAGAUAGUUUUAGUCUUCUGUGAUAUCACUCAUGCUCCUCUUUGGAAGAGGGAGGACCUCCUUCUAACCAAAAGAAGCAGUGCUGGUUGAUAAAGUGAUAUUGACAGUUUCUUUUAAGCUUCCCAAUGCGUGUUUGGAAAUAAGGUGGUGGAAGGAACAAGGAGACAAAAGAUUGUGUCUUAAUUUAGAAAUUUCAGUGAAAAUGCUGCUUUUUGUGUUCAUCCGACCCUUCCAAAUAUCUCACCUUGAAGUCUGAGGGGGAAAGGGGAAGAAAAAGAUACUGACAUCACUUACAUCCUGUACUGAUGACGGACUUCUGACACUUCAGCAGAAGAACGUGGCUUUCUGUGCGUUUCACAUUGUGUAACAUCGCACCGCUUUUUCACCAUUUUAACUCUGUUUCUGUUUCGUUUUGGUUUUUACAUUUGUGUAACAACUUGAUUCUGUUAUUUCUAUGGAAUGAUUUCUUUUGUUGACAUCCACGACAGCUUCUGUCGUACAAUAAAAUGUGUUUCUCAGAA